UAGGAGCUUGAUGUUGUUCGAGGCCGAUAAUUUUCGGAUCACUUCUACCAGAACGAGCGCGAUUCGGUCUUACGCGGAGAUUAUCGAGAUUUUCGCAUCGCUCGGACUCCGAUGUCAGCAGUGUGCAUAUGUGCAGGUUUUCGCUUUUCCCUUUGCGUAGACAUUGUCAUGACGGGGGUUCGUCACCCGUCUAAGGUCAUAUCCGUUCCGCAAGCUUGAAGCUUAUGUGAUAAUCUAUCUGGGUGUACAGCGAAAAAAGGCCGACUCUGCUUGAACCAGAAUACAAAAGGCUCAUGCCAGUGUGUCGCAACUGACAAGGACAUCAUCUAUCCUACGUCUUUCUCGUCAUCUUUUCCGCCUCCAAAGAUCUUCUCAACCUCCAAAUCUUUGUACCACUCUUGUCAAGCUGCACUGCAACCACAAUGGUCAUCACAAUCACCGUUCUUUUUCCGAACGCGCCGGACGCCAAAUACGACAUCGAUUACUAUGUCAACAAGCACAUGCCACUGAUUCAGACUCUCUGGGGAAAACAUGGCGUCAAAAGCUGGUCGGCAACCAAGUUCUCGAACGGUGUCGACGGCUCACCCCCACUCUACGCUUUCGGAUCUAUGGUCGUGUGGGAGAAUCACGAGGAGAUGAAGAAUGCUUUUUCUGGGCCAGAAGCCAAGGAGGUUAUGGGAGAUGUUGUGAACUUCAGCAACAAAGAGGCGGUUUUCCUCAUCGGCGAGGUAGUGCACUAGAUGGUGUU